AGCAAUGCUCAGGGUCUCACAGUGCUUGUGUUACCGGAUUGCACGCUACCUGUUCAGGCUGCUCCGCAGAGAGGAGGCUCGCUGGGAAGUCUCUGCCAUGGCAUUCUUUGUUGAGCUCCUGCCUUGCCUUAACAUAAAGGAAUGGGAUGAACGCAUCCUGCAACUUUUCCCAAUCUACCUCAGGAGAGAUUGCAGAGAGAUGCGUCUCCUGCUGCUCAGAUGCCUCCUGGUGCUCUGCAAGAGACCCUCUAUGGCCAACACUAUCCUGGCCUUGACUGAAAGCCUCACAGAGGUACUGAAGGAUAAAGAUGGAGAGGUGAUGGGCAUGACCCUUUCUGUGCUCAGCGAGGUGCUCCGGGACACAGAUGUGCCAAUUGCCAGUUCCACUGCUGUGCAGCUGGCUGAGGCACUCCUGCCACUGUUUGAGAACGACACUAGCCAUGUGCAGCUCCUCUCCAUUCGCCUCUUUCAAGUGCUAAUGGAGUUGGUAGAAGAAGACGGAAAAAAGCUCCUGGAGAAGAAUGUGCGCCAGAGCCUGUUCCUACUGUUCUGCCACGUGCAUGAUGAGAACCAGUGUGUGGCACAGGCUUUUUGGGAAACUCUGCUUCAAGCUAACACGUUCCUGCAGGAGAGGAAGCUCGAGCAACUGUUGGAAAAGACAUGGAGCGUUGACAAGUGCCUGGUGCCAAGCAUUGUGAGGGACAUGUACCAAUGGCUCACAUUCAUCAUGGAUGUGUCUGCUGAGCACAGACUGGACAAGAGCCUUCAGGAGAUGAGCCUUACACAGUCUCAUGACGUGGUGGUGACUAUUCUGCGCUGCGCCCCAUCAUGUGACAG